AUGCCCGCCUUGACACGAGAAUUUCGUACUGAGCAAGACCUCGGUAUUGGCUACAACCAACAUCUUCCCCUACAAGAAAGCGUCUGGUUUGGACAUUAUCCACUAAAUCUAAGCAUGCCCACCAACAGAGCGUCAAUGCCAUCCUUGACACCAGAAUUUCGUACUGAGUGGAAUCACGAUAUUGACUACAACCAAGAUCUCCCCAUCCAAGACAAUGUCCCCUUCGGACAUUAUCCACUAGACCCAGAGGCUGAUCCUAUGUUGGAAUUCGUGAAUCUGUCACCUCAUCCAGAGCUCACGAUAGACGUUCCAGGACAAACACCUUCUGCCGAAACCAGUCACAAUCCAGUCCAAGAUAGUCCAGAGCAUAGCACACCCAAACCUGUCGAACAAUCGAGGGGCACUUCAUCCGCUCCAUACCCCCCAUCACCUCUAGAGAAGGCCAAAGAUAAGUUGUCGAAGCGAUAUCACAAAGGCCUCGAGAUCAUGUGUGAGAAAGAAGUGGAAGAAACCGGUGAAAUAAACCCAGAUAAGAUUGCUCGCUCAAUAUAUGCAAGUUAUUCAAUCCUAAGACCGGAUCUGGAGAUAUUCACGAAAGAUAUCUUGCACACAUGGCUUGAGAAGGGGCUUUGGCCACACACUGCUCCCGGCGCAUGUGACGAGCUUUGGAAACAAUGUUCGAUAGAUAUGAUGCACUUGGAGAUAGAACAAGACCCGGAAACAAAAGCUAUCAUGCGUCGAGUGGCCCAGAUACGGAUGUAUUAUUGGUUUGAAGAAGAGAAGAAGAAACUUGACGAGUCGUCAAAUCUCGUUAAACUAGACUCGGACGAAAUCCUCCACGCCAGAACAUCUGAUACUUUCUUUCGGUAUUUUUCUACUAUAUGGGACAAAGCAGAUGAUAUAUCCAAGAAAGUCGCGCGCGAAAAAUUCGAUACGGAGGUAGAGACGGGUAAAAAGUGGUUAAUAGGAAAGAUUUCUCGUCCAAGGAAGUGCGCGCGCUUUCCAAGUUUAUCGUCAAUUGCUACCCGGAUGCUCUAG